GCAAUAGUCUACAUUACAUUGCUGUAUCAUGCCGGCACUCGCACAGCUCCAAACCACAUGACUUAUGUUCAAUCACAUUCGUCCAAUCCCGCUCGGUGUUUUCGGCAUUCAAAACUUAUCUUCCGCCCGUCGGCUUUUGCUUUUGCUUCUAAUGUCUUGUUUGAACCUUCUUCUGUUUUUUGACUCUCCGGAAUAUAUUCUCCUAAUUUUUACUAUCUUUCUUGCUUUACUAAAAUUCGCAUAUUUAAAUUCACAUAUUUAAAUCCACCAUAUAUCUCUUAUAAACAGGACUUUAUUCACAUAACAAUUGUUCUCACUUAAAAUC